GCGUGCGCGCGUGUGUGCGAGUGUGACAGCGGCUGUGGCUGUGGCUGUGGCCGUGGCCGUGGGAGGCGGGCCCGGCGGAGCCCAGCCGCGGGGGAACCGGCCCGGGCUCCCGCUCUCCCAGAGCUUCGCGGCCGCGUGGCCCGGCUGAGCCCACACACCACCCAGUCCCGGCCGGCCGCAGUCGCGAUGUCGAUGGCUGGGCUGAAGAAGCAGUUCCACAAAGCCAGCCAGCUAAUUAGUGAAAAAAUAAGUGGUGUUGAAGGAACAAAACUAGAUGAAGAAUUUUAUGACAUGGAAAGGAAAAUAGAUGUUACCAGUAAAGCUGUUGCAGAAAUUCUUUCAAAAUCCACAGAAUAUCUUCAGCCAAAUCCAGCAUACAGAGCUAAGCUAGGAAUGCUGAACACUAUGUCGAAGAUCCGAGGUCAGGUGAAAACCACCGGGUACCCACAGACAGAAAGCUUGCUGGCCGACUGUAUGCUGAAGUACGGGAAGGAGCUCGGGGACGACUCCACGUUCGGCAAUGCAUUGAUAGAAGUUGGUGAAUCCCUGAAGCUAAUGGCUGAGGUGAAAGAUGCUCUUGAUAUUAAUGUAAAACAAACUUUUAUUGAUCCUCUUCAGUUAUUACAAGACAAAGAUUUAAAAGAGAUUGGGCACCACCUGAAAAAGCUGGAAGGCCGCCGCCUGGAUUACGAUUAUAAAAGGAAGCGAGUAGGUAAGAUACCAGAUGAAGAAAUCAGACAAGCGGUAGAAAAAUUUGAAGAGUCAAAGGAGUUGGCUGAAAGAAGCAUGUUUAAUUUUUUAGAAAAUGAUGUAGAACAAGUCAGCCAGUUGGCCGUGUUUAUAGAGGCAGCACUGGACUACCAUAGACAGACCUCAGAGAUUUUGCAGGAGCUGCAGGGCAAGCUACGGGCACGAAUAGUGGCUGCAUCGAACCUCCCCAGACGACAGUACAAGCCAAGGCCCAUAAAGAGGAGUUCUGGUGAGCUCAAUGGGAUUUCCACCCCCGCUACAACAAAGACAGCAGAGUUGUCUAUGAAACCCAAGAAAGAAUGAAAAAGAAGUAAGGAAUGAAGAAAGGAAGAGAGUGAGAGAGAAAGAGAAAGGAAGGAAAGAAGGAAGAAUGGAAGAAGGAAGGAAGGAAGAUCCUUAAAUGUCCAACAAUAGGAGAUUGGUUGAAGAACUUGUUAUACUGAUACAGUUGACAACUGGUCAGUAAUUAAAGUCAUCUGGAAAGAUAUUCACAGUAGUAUGUGCAGGACAAUUCUUUUAUGGAAACAACUAUAUGUAAAUAUGCACACAAAUGUAUUCAUAAAGACAUCUGGAAUUUUCUGUGCCAAAAUGUUAAUUUAACAUUGGUUAUCUCUGGGUUGAUGGGUUAUAGCUGGCUUUUCUCAAUUUUCUUUUUUUACAAUUACUAUGUUUUAGUUUGAAAUUUAAAAAAAAAUUUGGAAAUAUGAUUCUGAACUUCAGGCUUUCUACAGUAACCCUCAGACAUUAGGCUGGUCUGUAAAUAUUCUGCUCAUUCUUUAUCCUGGUUCCCCCCCUCCUGCCUCACAUCCUGCCCACGCUGCAGCUGGUCCACAUCCCAGCUCCAGGAAGCUCUCCCUAGCUUCCUAAGCCUCCCUUGCUUGCUUCCCCUCCAAGCCUCCGAGCUAUAAGUGAUAAAAAACCUCCUAUUUGUUCUUUAGAUGUUUCACAUGUAUCUGUUCAGUCUAACCACAAAGAAAUUGUAAGCUUCCUGAGGGCAAGGAUCGGGCUUCGGGCUUUGUUGUUCUUCUAUACCUCCCUCGGCUCCAGGCAGAGCUGGGUGGCUGCUUCAGGGAGAUGGGCUGGGCAUCAGUUUUCUGACUGGUGUUACUGAUGAGAAAGAGCUGGGCCAGGAAACUCUGCUUGGGGACCAGGCUAGGGGCAGCCGGGCAUAGGCAUAGUUGAGGAGACCAGAGAACACAAGCAGCACCAGGGACCUGGGCUGAGCCAGCCUUGUAGUGGUAGGAAGGCAGAGGUCUGUUUUUAAUAGCUUUUCCAUACUCUGCAGAUUUCCCAGUUCCCACAGAUAAUUUGUCCUGUUAACCUGUACUUUUUGUCUCCAUAUGAU